AUGAAUGGCCCUGGGAGCUCUGGCCGGUCCCCCGCUGCGGUUGUGGAGGGCUGUGCCCUGCGCGUGGCCGCUGUGCCCGGCGCCGACGGAGGGCGAGCGCUGACGCGGCUGGACGUGCCCCAGGUGCACCUGCAGACGCAGCAGGAGGUGAAGAUGCGCAUGACGGGGAUGGCGCUGCGCGUGGUCCGCGCUGACGGCGUCCUGGCGCUCUACAACGGGCUCAGCGCCUCGCUGUGCCGGCAGAUGACGUACUCCUUGACCCGCUUCGCCAUCUACGAGACGGCGAGGGACCGCCUGGGCCGGGGCACGCAGGGGCCUCCCCCCUUCUACCAGAAAGUGCUGCUGGGCGCAGUGGGAGGUUUCACCGGCGGCUUUGUGGGGACCCCCGCGGACAUGGUGAACGUCAGGAUGCAGAACGACAUGAAGCAGCCGGCGCACCUGAGGCGCAACUACUCCCAUGCUCUGGACGGCAUGUACCGCGUCCUCCGGGAAGAGGGCCUGAAGAAGCUAUUCUCGGGGGCUACAAUGGCAUCCAGCCGAGGGGCCCUCGUCACCGUUGGACAGCUCUCCUGCUAUGACCAGGCCAAGCAGCUGGUUCUCACCACUGGGCUGCUGUCAGACAACAUCUUCACUCACUUCCUGGCCAGCUUCAUCGCUGGCGGAUGCGCCACGUUCCUGUGCCAGCCCUUGGACGUGCUCAAGACCCGUCUCAUGAACUCGCAGGGCGAGUACCGGGGUGUUUCUCACUGUGCCAUGGAAACUGCCAAGCUUGGACCCCUGGCCUUCUACAAGGGCUUCGUUCCUGCCGCCAUCCGCCUCGUUCCUCACACCGUCCUCACCUUUGUCUUCCUGGAACAGCUCCGCAAAUACUUUGGGAUCAAAGUCGUCACCUGAGUGGGAGGGACGUGACCUGCGUCACCCCACGGCUCCUCCGGGGUGAGCGCACAGGUCUGCAGAGCCUGGAGCUCCCCGGGGCCAGGCUGCCCCAGCCCUUCGUCCUGUUCCCACGCUGUCAGCGCCGGCAGCCGGAUGCUGCCGGGAUCCCUCUCCUCACUCACCCCGGAUCUCGUGCCAGUUUCCUUUGGGCUCCUUGGCCCCUUGUUCAUUCUGCACCCGGGUUCUGUGCCACCUUCAGCUCUCGGUCCAUAGCCGGCAGGUCCAUCCGCAGCUCCCUCCUGUGCAGGCUCGGAGAGGCUGGCGCCGCAAAGGGCCCUCUCUCCUGUCCUGUGCGAGCCCCCGGAGCAGGACGGCCUCACACCUGGGCGCUGAACCUGGGGGCUGCUCCGGGGGCUGCGCCACUCGUGUCCAUGCCCAGCGUGGGCUGCAUGCGCAGAGCUCCUGCUCCAGCCUCUCCUGUCUUAAGCAGGGUCAGAGAGAUGUAGGACACCAAAGUGCUGCCCCCUCCUCUCGGCACAACGUGUCAGGGACCCCCUCACCUGCUGCUGCUCUUUCCUCGCCCCCGCACUCCCACUUUUGCUUGGCCAAAACUCCCCAGCGGCCGCGGCCGCUGGGCUCUUCAGGGAUUGUGCCUCAUACCAAUGACGACAGAGGGGACCCAAGGGCGAGGGGCUGCUUGGCCGGGCUGCCCGGGGCUGGGGCUUCCUCGCCUGGGCAAGGGCCACCGCUGAGCCGCUGUCCUCAGCUCCCGCCUCGCGCCGGCUCCUAGAGGAUCCGGGUGUCCUGGCUGAGGCCGCGCCAAGGGCGCUCCAAAUGCCUUGGGCAGCUGCAGGGAGCAGGGAGGGCUGGUCCAGCCUUGUCUGCGCCUGCUACGGAGAGCUGGGCCCAGCAGGGCUGGGCUGCGCUGAGCCAGCCUGGCUGCCAGCCUGGGACCUGCUGCGGAUCCCUGUGCGCUGGGAGCCAUGCCCUGCGGAUCCCUGUUAGCCAAGAUCCGCGUGCUCCGGGAUCAGCUGCUUUGGGGUCCCCGUCCUGCAGGAUCUCUGUGCUCCAGGAUCCAUGUGUUCUGGGGUUCCCAUGAUCUCGGAUCCCCAUGCACCAAGAUCCCCUGCUCCGCUGCCCUCAGCCCAGC